UGGUCCUGGCGGCCGUGGGGCGGGGGGCGGCCAUGGGGCGGGGGGCGGCCGCGGCGCCGGGGGCCGGCUAGCGACGGCGAGCGGCAGCGGGGUGGCGUGGCCCGCGGGCUCGGCCCGGAGAGGGGACGGCCCCGCAGGCGCCCGGGGCAGCGAACGGCGUCAGUGUUUUUCUGAUCGAAGUCCUCGUUUAACAACUAUGGAAACGGAACAAGAGAAGGCCAACAUGAGUAAGGCAGUGAGUGCAGAUUCGGCCUCGUACCGCUGCUCCGCGUGCCACGGGGACGAGGACUGGGCGCCCAACCACCCCAUCCGGGGGCGGGCCAAGUCCCGCAGCCUGUCUGCCUCGCCCGCCCUGGCGAGCACCAAAGAGUUCAGGAGGACUCGCUCUCUGCAUGGGCCAUGCCCGGUGACCACGUUUGGACCAAAGGCCUGUGUGCUGCAGAACCCCCAGACCAUCAUGCAUAUCCAGGACCCUGCCAGCCAGCGGUUGACGUGGAACAAGUCCCCAAAAAGUGUUCUUGUCAUCAAGAAGAUCCGGGAUGCCAGCUUGCUGCAGCCCUUCAAGGAGCUCUGUGUGUACCUGAUGGAGGAGAAUAACAUGAUUGUGUAUGUGGAGAAGAAAGUUCUAGAAGACCCUGCCAUAGUGAGCGAUGACAACUUUGGACCAGUGAAGAAGAAGUUCUGCACUUUCAGAGAAGAUUAUGAUGACAUUUCCAAUCAGAUCGAUUUCAUCAUAUGCCUGGGGGGGGAUGGGACCCUGCUGUACGCAUCCUCACUGUUCCAGGGCAGCGUGCCUCCGGUCAUGGCAUUCCAUCUGGGUUCUCUGGGCUUCCUGACCCCCUUCAACUUUGAGAACUUUCAGUCCCAAGUUACUCAGGUGAUACAGGGGAACGCAGCUGUUGUUCUUCGGAGCCGGCUCAAGGUCAGGGUCGUGAAGGAACUCAGAGGGAAGAAGAUGGUGGUGCCCAACGGGAUCAGCGAGAACGGCAUGCUGGCUGCGGACCUGGAUGCAGAGGUUGGGAAGCAGGUCAUGCAGUACCAGGUCCUGAACGAGGUGGUGAUCGACAGAGGCCCCUCCUCAUAUCUGUCCAAUGUGGAUGUCUACCUGGACGGGCACCUCAUCACCACGGUGCAGGGUGACGGGGUGAUCGUCUCUACCCCGACGGGCAGCACAGCGUAUGCGGCCGCCGCCGGGGCCUCCAUGAUCCACCCCAACGUGCCAGCCAUCAUGAUCACGCCCAUCUGCCCGCACUCGCUGUCAUUCCGGCCUAUCGUGGUCCCCGCGGGGGUGGAGCUGAAGAUCAUGCUGUCACCGGAAGCAAGGAACACUGUAUGGGUGUCCUUUGAUGGACGAAGGAGACAGGAGAUCUGCCAUGGAGACAGCAUCAGCAUCACUACCUCUUGCUACCCGCUCCCCUCCAUCUGCGUCCGAGACCCCGUGAGCGACUGGUUUGAGAGCCUGGCGCAGUGUCUGCACUGGAACGUGCGGAAGAAGCAGGCGCACUUCACGGAGGAGGAGGAGGAAGAGCUCCUGCCAUCCACACUCGGGACCCCAGAGCCCCAAAGCUGCUCCGCUGCCUCGUUCCCACUUGGCCUCCGGGAGCCGGCUGACCUGAGCACGUGUGCUGUGAGCCCCGAGUCAGGCGUCAGAAGUCACAGCACUUUUGUCUGUAACCAGGGGAAGAGCCGGGAAUCUGCCUUUUGUCGACCAGAUCAGCCAUUUUUAACAUUUUAAAUCUGACUUCUUUUUUGCAUUUCUAAAUAAGAAAAGUGAGUGCUGGUGGGGCCUCCUAAGUCCACACUGUGUGCCUGUGCUGUCGCUCAGAGCCUGGUCCCAGGGCAAGGACGCCAGAGCUGGAUGUGUGCUUUGUGAUUCCUUGUCAGGCAACCUGUGCUUCAAUCAGUCUGUUGAAAUUCAGAGGGGAUCAGAAUGGAUUGAUUUGUCUUUCCGUGUUGAAAAUAAAUGUCUUGUAGUCAAAACUCUUCCUUUAGCUACCACGAUUUUCCCCUUAAAUCCUGCACCUUUUCCCCUAAAAGGACUCGGAGGGGACGCUUCAGCAGAGAGCAGUCUGCUAUUUGAUUGGCUGAUGGGUCCCCUCUCCCUCCUGCUCGGCACCUGCACCUCCUCCGGGCACACCUUCCUGCCUUGGUCCCAAGGUCCCCCUCCCCCCCGCCCUGCUGUGGUGUGACAGGUGCUGGCAGGGCUCCACGCUAUGGCCCCCGCAAGCCCAGCGGUGGCCUGGUAGGAGGUCAGACCCAUGCACAUUCCUCAUGAAGCAGGGACGGCCCCCUCUGCACCCUGGAAGGUAUUUUAAAUCCCGUGUAUACCUUGUAGAGAUUAUUUUAAGCUUUCUGAACUGCUUAUAUACAGAUUUUAUUGUACACACUUUGAAGAUUUCAGAGCGAACGGGAUUUGUACUGUUGUGAAAUGGAGCCUUGCUCCAAUGUUUACACGUGUUCUGUGUGGCACUGUUGCUGGGACCACUGUUCAGCAUGCUCACCGUGGGGGUGACGGUCCACGGAGAGAGAGGGUGCUUCUCGGUUAAUAAGCUGUGGUACUUUGUGACUGCAACUAGAAGACGGGGACACAUUGGUCAGUGAGGAAAGAGGUGGUUGGGGACGUUUUUUGUCGGUUCUGCUCUUCUCCCCGUGGGUCUUGGGCUUGCAAGGAAACUCCCAUCAUUCCAGUGGUCGUUCCUCGGCCAGCUGGCCGCGUGGGGCGUGGGCACAUGUGCUUGCCACGUACGACCCAGAGCCCAUGUGGUCUGGUGGGAGUCGUGGCUCAGUGCACGUGGCUUCGGCCCCUGGUUAUUGUUCCCUGACAGAUGUCCUACACUCGGGCAUGUGUUUCUGAGUAACUGAUUUCUCUGAGCUGCAUUUUUAAUCUGUUGAAUUGGCAAGAACAGAAGGGACAGAAGCUGCCCUUUCUUGGACCCACUUCUGGAGUGACAGGGACGGGCCUGUGCUUUGCCUCGUGGAGGGUCACGUGCCUCAUUCUUGGGCUGAUGGAAAGGCUCUGGGGCCACACGUGCAGCCGCCCUCAGCCAGGGGCCUCCAUAGAGCAGGCUCUGCAGCCUGAGCGUGGUCUCCCAUGUCCGUGUUUCAGCGCCUCUGGCCCUCGGUGUGGUGCUUGGCCGAUGGCCUGGGGUUGGAAAGGGGGGUGGGCCCUUGUUGCCAUCGGCCAGGGGCGGGGCACGGUUCAAGGCUCACUGCCCCGCCUCCCUUGGGCUGAGAGGGGGUCGAACCAAAACUCCCAGCUUUAGGUCCAAAAGACAGUGGCGUUUGGGAUUUGGGUCACUGGUUUAGACAAAAAAGCAAGUAUUAACCAAGUCCGAAAGCAGCAUGAUUUGGAAUGAUCUAGAAAACCUUGGAUUUUUUGAAGUAAAUUCUUAAUGUUUCAUACUGUUGAUAUCUUGAAAAUUUGUUAGAUGUUGUUGAAAGCCUUAUUACAAUAUUUUCAGAUCCUUUCAAUAAACAGACUUGUUUAAAAA